AUGCCAUCCCUCACCCUCCCAACCUCGGCAUCCACAGAAACUCUCCUCCUCAAAUGCCAAAAAGAAACUCACAAGCCCCCCCUCCCACCAACAUGGACAACCCACCCCCCCAACCAAGAAAUCCACCCUCCCCGCGACACCCUCGCCCUCGCCAUCCGCAUCGACGCCGCCGCCCCGACCUCCAUCCGCUUCUACGACUCCGCCACCAACCGCCCCGUCGGCUCCGUCGGCCCCGAGUUCCGCGGCUCCCUCGUCCUCGUCCCCUGGCGGCCCGGCCUCAAGUUCGUCGUCGCCCCGACGUGCCGCCGCAGGAGCGGGUGCCUUGUCGGCAUCAUAAGGGAGGGCAAGGGCACGCCGCCUAGGGCAACAUCUGCGGAGACCCCUCCUCCUCCCCCUCCUCCUCCCCAGGUGGUUCCGGAGAUGGCAUCGCCUGCGAUGACUCCGGACGUUGCGUCCAAGGUGGUGCAAAGGACGAUUCCAAAGGUCACUGCAAAUACAAAGGUCAAGGUGACACCAAAAGUGAACUUGAAUGCGAUUACGAAGAAGGUGGGAGGCAAAAUGAAGAGUCACAUCCCCGUGGCCAUUCCAAAGCAAAGUACAGGUUCUUCUGGCCAUGAUGGAAAGGCGCAAGACGGGGAUCAAGAACGACCUCCGCGACACGGUACAGCGAUUCCGUCUCCAGUCAGCAACAAGGGCAGCAAGCGGCGCAGGCAUGUGAGCUUCGAUGACAAGACCAUGAUGGGGAAGCGAUCCAAGAUGACGGUGGCGGAUCGUUGA